GGUAAAUCAUUAUUUGCUGAUUUGAAGAAAAUGAUUACGAAAAAUAUUUCAAUUAAAUUCACAAGCCCUCCGUGUUUUGAGGGUACACAAUCAAUGAUGUGUUGCAGUUCUCCAGCGAGGAGUUCUCUAAGGUCACCGAGGUUAAAUUCAUUAUGACGUAUCGAUUAAAUCAAGAUGUGAUUGAAAAUUUAUUUGGAAUUUAUAGAAUGAGGGGCGGUUGUAAUCGUAAUCCAACAUCAAGAAACUUACCAGCCAUAUUCAGAUCGAAUUUGCUUAAUAAUUUAAUACGAGUAAAAUUAGAAAACACGAAAGACACGCGCGCACUCCCCGAGCACUUGGCAAUCACUAAUUAUGAACACUGCAUGCCGCGACUGUCGUGCCGCCGGUAAAAAUAUCCAGCUCGCAAUUUCUAAAGCCGCCGGGUCCACCCGCCGGCACUAACCCGCAGGGCUCGUGCCGGCGGGCCGGCGGCUUCGGUGUGUAGACAGCUUAAGCGCAAUACACAUCGAGCCCGCCGGGCCGCCGACAAAGCCCGGCGACACAACCCGGCGGCAGAAUCAUGUCGGCAACAUGCGCCUGCGCGUGUUACCCGCCGACAUGUUGGCGGCUUGGGUACGCCUGCGCUCAGUUGCCCGGCGACACUCGAUCUGUAGUGACGUGCUUGUUUUUUUACGACAUGGAGUGGGACGACGAAAAAUAUCUUACGUUAAUUAAUCUUUAUCAUGAGAAGGAGGUAUUGUGGAAUCCAAAACACCCAGAUCAUAAAAGUCGACCAAAGCGUUUUGACUCAUUGAACGAAAUAGCAAACCAUUUUAAGACAAAUGUAUCAGAAAUUGAAAGAAAAAUUAAAAACUUGACAAGUCAGUAUUAUAGAGAGAGAAAAAAAGUGACUGACUCAAAAAAGUCUGGUAUCGGUACAGAUUGUGUAUAUCAGAGCAAGUGGUUUGCAUAUAAAUCAUUUAGUUUUUUGCAAAACAAGAAUACUCCUACUGCCAUGAUCGAUUCUGAGACAUCAAACGAAAGCAGUGUUGUACAACCCCAGCAAAAUGAUUCAUCUCAUUCAUUUGCCGAUGACACAAUUAAACGUCCCAGAAAAAAUCUAAACAACGAAAUGAUGUCACAAGCUCUGUGUGCAGUAUUCGGGGUGCUCUUCAAUAGAGAUCUACCAGUGGUGGGGCGCGUACAACUUAUGAUCGAUGAAAAAGUUGCCGACUUCUCACUCAUAGAUGGCGAUAGUGGUAUCAUAAACACUCUGAAUAUUAUGAAAUCUGUCUCCGAUCGACAAAAUCAAACACAAGAAAAAGAUGAAGAGACUCUUUUUGGAGAAUAUAUUGCAGCAAAACUGAGAAAAAUGGAUAAAUCAACAAAUGCAAUAGUAAAACAUCGAAUAAAUAACAUUAUUUUUGAAACCGAAAUUGGAUAUCAGACAGAUAUGUAUGCAGAUUACGCAAGACCCUCUAGCUCCCGAAGUCAUCCAGGGUACUAUACAGGUUCUCCAAAUGAUCAGCCAAAUGCAUAUCCUUCUAACAGCUCAUCAUCUGUAUAUUCUACUAUUACGAGCCCGGAUCAUCAGCAUUCUACCACCACAAAUCCUUAUAAUCAGCCAAAUACAAACCCUUCAUCUGAAUAUCCCAUCAACAUAAGCCCUCAUCCGCAACUUCCUGGAGUUGAAUCUUCGGUACCAGUAGCGCUUGAUGAAAGUUCUAAUAGUGAACGUAUAAGCAGCCAAGAUAUACAGAACGUUUUCAAAUCCAUAAAUGAAAAUUAAUUUUCUUUCUUUAAGAUCUUUAUUAUACUCUUAUAAUUUGAAAUAAGCUUAGCAUGAGAAAAGUAAUCAAGAAAUAAAUCUGUCUUUUGAAAUGUUAUGAUUAAGAGUCACUAAUUGUAAACACAAAUUAAAAUAUAACUAUCAAUAUUAUGUUUUUUAUUAAAUCUUUUAAUUUAGUUUUUGAUUAAAUUGAUCAUUGAUCAUACUGCCAUUCUAAGCUUCCGACAUCGGAGAGAAAAUAUUCAACCAACUCGUUCCUUGUAUCUUCAGGGCACAGAUUUUAUUAUUAUUUUAUUGACCUCUCUUGGCAAGGCAACAAAACAAUUAUUUUCAGGAGUUACUGUGCGCCAUUCACCUGGUAUGAUUUCUCCGUUAUCAUUUUCAGAAUCAUAUUCGUUUCGCUGCAUAUUUUUUUUUAUAUAAUUGAACAAAUGUACACAGGCCAAUGUCACAAUAGCAGUUUUUUGUGGACAUAGCUGGAUAGGUCUCUUGAAUAUUUGAAAUUUGCUGGUUAACUGGCCAAACACAUUUUCAACAACUCUUCGUCCUCGACAUAUACGAUAAUUGUAAACUCUUUUGGGAGAUCUUUUUGUGUGAUUACCAUCGUAAGGUUUUAUAAUGUGGGUUUGUAAUGCAAAAGCAUCAUCACCCAAAAAAAAAUAAGGCACUGGUAUAUUUCUCCCAGGUAAAGGUUUGUUGUCAGGCAAAUUUAAAGAAUUGUUAUUUAACAUUCUGCAUAACGCAGAGCUAUUAAACACACCGCCAUCUGAAAUACGACCCUGACAUCCCACAUUAGCGUAUAAAAACUUGUAAUCUGCAUCCACUAAUGCAAAUAGUACAAUACUGAAAUAAGAUUUAUAGUUAAAAUAUUCACUUCCACUUCUUGGUGGACAUUGAAUUUUUACGUGUUUUCCGUCCAUUGAUCCAAGGCAAUUAGGAACAUUCCAUCUAUCCAGAUAUCUAUCUGCAACUUUUUUCCAUUCGUUUGAAGUUCUCGGAAU